GAAAAAAGUUGCCAAAUCAAAAUGGUCACCGAGCCGAAGUCCGUUGAGCCCAAGGUCAGCACCAAGGAGGCGCAGUGCCAGUCAUCGGACUGCGAGACUUCCCAGCAGGAGCCAGUCUCGCAAGUAAGCAGCCCGAAGGGCGCCCGUGUGGGGAUCUUCAAUGCCGAGGACUUCUUGUCGCGUGCUCAGAUGAACGACAAAAUCAACAUCUUGCGCUCGCCCACCAAGCCGCCCAACGGGGUGCGCCAGCGCUUCGUCUACACCAACAACCCAUCGCCGCAAGCAAGCUUGCGUGUCGGUAUGACUGGGGGGCAGCUGUCUCGCUAGCAGCGCCACCGUUGGCACCAACACCAUCACCAGCGGCAUUUCCAAGGAGUGCGCCAAUUACCCCGUCGGCAGUCAGUCGGCCCGUCCAUACGUCCAACUGCCGGGCAUACACAUUUCCAACCCUCCCCAGUACGGGCCAGGGAAUAUGCAGGAAAUAGACGCUGGCAAAAUGGCGCACAACGGCAAGGCACUCACAGGGCGCUACAAUGCCACGCCCACCUAUGGCUUCGACAACGAGCAGAACUACUGCUUGGAAAGGGGCUCCUGCAUA